GCGAACGGUGGUCACUAUCGCUGUUGCCGCCUUGGCGAGAAGAGUGUAGGGCAAACUCGCUUGAAGAGCCUACAAAAGGAUCGUCUCACAGGAUCUAACAACGAUGUCCAACGGUUUACGAGUGCCGUCCAAGUAACACAGGCCUCACGAAUCUCCAUCCUAAAAAAAAAAAACAUUUCCCGACUGUUAUCCUGUACACUCCACUGCGAGCCAUGCCAGCACCUGUGAGCAACACCAAUGGCCUGUGCAACGGAGAAGCUAAAGACGCGAGGCACUUCGUGUUCAGAAACCUGCAUUAUUUGCCCAUAACCGCCUUCGUGUGUUCCCUUCUCGCGAUGUUUGUACCUUACGCCAUCAGUGUCUACCUCGGGGACACGCCUGCGAUUCUACCGUUCAUCAGCGAUGCCGGUGGCGACCCUCCGCAGAGUAUAAUCUUUGGCUUGUUCCUAGGAGUGACUUCAUUCGUAGCUGUAAUAGGGAUGUACAUGAAGUACCUGAUGGUGUGGCAGCAGAACCGACACAUCCGUGACGAGCGCGUGGACACGGUGAAUCGGCUGAGCUGCAUCGCUGGCCUCGUCGUCUGCCUCGGAGGGCUUAUCGUGUCGUUGUCGCCAACGGGUCACCUGCGCAAGGAUUGCACCUGGUACUGGCCCAUGUUCGUACCUCACGUGAUCGGUGCCAUGAUGAUAUUCGGCGUCGGCUACACGGCUACGCUCCUGCAUCUCUACCUACAUUACCUGACUGACGCACGCUGGAAGACGUCGCCACUGUUCUACACCAGAGCCCUGUUGUCUCUAGUCGGCAUCACCGCCAUGAUUAUCACAGGACUUAACUGGCUGAUGUUCGACAUUAGCCUCAUGACUCCGCCAAGUGGACGAGGAAAAGUGUACCCGCAAGGAAUGCUCAGUGCGGUUGCGGCCGAGUGGUUGAUGGCGUUCAUCUUCCAGUCCUACGUUCUCACAUACAUCCCGGACUUCCGCAAAGCGACAUUCGUGCUCGACGUAAAGCUCAACGAAUUGGGAGAAAAGAAGGAGUAGGUGUAUCGUGUGCAAAACCACCCCUCAGGACUUUUUUUACAAGCAUUUAUGGGGGCCCACAGUUUGACUCAUCGACAUCUGUCUUGACCAUCGCUGGUAUGAUUGUGGAGAAUCUAUUCUACCUCAUGAACUUUAUUUUAUUUUCACUUUUCGAGGCAGACUAAUGCUACUGGCAUUUUAUUAUUUUAAACAGGUUUUGUGUCAUCGUUCGUGCAAAUAAAUAUUGA